CGUAGAGAGUCUGAGGAAGAUGGAAAAGAAGCCUUAUUUUGCAGUGCUACUCAGACAUAGCAUUUAUGCAGGAAUGUUUCUGCUCUCCAAAGCUGCCUUUGAUGGCGGAAUGAACAACUUUAUCUUUGUUUUCUAUAGGCAAGCCAUAGCCACUGUGUUCUUGUUGCCCAUCGCUUUGUAUUUUGAAUGGAAAACUGCGCCUCCCCUUUCAUUUGUCACCUUCGCCAAGAUCUUUAUGCUUUCUUUAUUUGGGAUCACGGCAAGUCUCGAUCUUCAAGGAGUUGCUCUUAUUUAUACGUCAGCAAGUUUAGCUGCAGCAACUGUAAAUUCUAUUCCGGUCUUUACCUUUCUUUUUGCUCUUCUAUUCAGGUUGGAGGUGCUGAGGUUAAGGUCAAUAGUAGGAAUAGCAAAGGUUGGAGGAAUAGUGUUUUGUACGGGCGGUGUGUUGGUUUUGGUGUUCUACAAAGGCCCUCAGCUCACUCUCUUUAACAAUCACCACCUUUUUACUAUACAUAACCAACAUCCACUGCAUGAUGCUUCAACCCACACUUGGUUAAAGGGUUGCCUCCUAAUGAUGGCUUCAAAUAUCUUAUGGGCUUUAUCACUUGUUCUUCAGGCGUUCGUACUGAAAAGUUAUCCCUCAACGCUUCUUUUCACUACCCUUCAAUGUCUUGUUAGCUCGUUUCAAUCAUUUAUUGUUGCCAUUGCUUUGGAGAGAGACCUUGACGAAUGGAAAUUGGGUUGGGAUCUAAGACUUCUUGCAGUUUUAUAUUGUGGAAUAGUGGCAACUGGGGUUACAUAUUCUAUUCAAACGUGGCUCAUUAAGAAGAAAGGGCCCGUUUUCUUAGCCAUGUCAACACCAAUUGUUCUUGUCCUUACAACUCUUGGUUCGGCCUUUCUUUUUGGCGAGAAUAUCAGCCUUGGAAGUGGCAUAGGAGGGCUGUUAUUGAUCGCAGGUCUGUACAGUGUGCUAUGGGGAAAGAGCAAAGAGCUGAAACUCAAUUUAGGGCCAAAAGAAAUAGACAGAGAAUGCAGUUUGCCAGUGAAAGAAAGCGACACAACUAAAUCAUGACAACUCACUAUUUUCCUUUAGGCUUUCAUUUUAUUUCAUUUCAUUUUAGAUAAAUCUUAAAAUUUUUGUUAUUUUGAAAUUA